GCCCGGCGGGCGGCAGCGCGCUGUCUGUGCCGCCCCCCAGGCGUCGCUCCGGCGGGGCGGACCCGGCCGCGCUCGCUGUGCGGCGUAUACCCCUGCUCCAUUUCGCCCUUCGCGGAGCCGCGGGGCGCUUCGACGCGCGGCUCCGAUUGAGGCCGGCAGGGAGCUGCGGGGAGCCGCCGGGCGCGGUCUCCGUACACCGUAAGGAUGGCACCCGCCGCGAGCAGUCAAUCCAAGACAGCCUAGCCUGAGCUCAAGUUAAAGAUGAACCGCCUCUGCAAAUGAGGUGAAAUUGUGAAGCUGAGUUUACAAUGUGCUGGAGACUUCAAGCAGCACCCAGGAGUACCCAACCCAGUUACUGUGUUGGAGCUGGCCUAUGAGGUACAGGAGCAAAAUGUUCAUUUUACAGUCAGGAUGUAUUUCCUUAUCACUGUGGAAACACUGAUGGGUGGACCCCUGCGUUUUUAUCAGCUUGCAUUCGUCAGCAUUCUGUGUGCAACUUGUUGCGGCAGCUUGCCUGAAGAGACUCGGAGGGGGCCACUUUCUAAUCUACAAAUGACAUCCAACAACUUUCAGCACAUUUUGUCCUGGCAGGCACAAAGUGAUCCAACUGUACCAACCUACUAUCGUGUACUGUACAAUAACCACAGGAAAUGGAAGAUUGCAAAACAGUGCUCACGAAUUGCACAGCCCUUCUGUAACCUGACUGAGGAUUUUGAAGUUGAGUCUGAUGAUUAUUUUGCAUUUGUUCAGAGCUUCGUAGGAACUGAAAUAUUCAAUUCCUCUUUCCUUCGCUUUUCACCACUCUCUGAUACAUACUUGGGACCCCCAGAAGUUAAUGUCAGUUCCUGUCUAUGCUGCAUAAAUAUCACCAUGAAGCUGCCAUCCACUCACUUAAGAAAAAAUGGGAAGUUGCUGUCUUUAUUUGACAUAUAUAACUAUCUCAGUUAUGAAAUAAUACUGAAAACAGUUGACGAAGAACAUAAGAGGCCACCCGAGAAAAUCACCGAAGAGUCUUUUAGUACAGUCAUUGAAGAAUUGUAUCCGAAUAGAAAUUACUGUGUGUCUGUUAUGAUCACUGCAUCUCUAAAUAAACAUUCCACCCCAUCAGCCUGGAAAUGUGCAAUUGCAGACUCCGUAGCUGAGAAAGAUUAUCACAGCAUCACAAUUGCAGGUGCUGUAUGUUUCUCAUUUAUUUUAGCUGCUAUCCUGAAAUGUCUGCAUCUAGGAGGUUGUAUACUUCGAAAGAUAUCACUUCCAGAUACCUUGGUAUUGAUGAAGACGUUUACCUAUUUACCAUGUACAUUUGAAUCUGAAGAAAUAGCCUCUGUAGAGAUCAUUUAUAAAGAGGUUAAAAAAAAGGUGGAAGGAUCUGUUGGGGCUGUCAGCAACGAAGAUGACAGCGAUGACAGUGAAAGCGAUGCCAUAAGUGAUCAUGACUACACAAGGCGUGAUAUCGUACGUAGAGCACCUCAAUCUUCUGAUACAUCUCAUGUAUUUGUGCAGCACUCUACGAGCAGUACAUGUGAUGACAGUAGCAGCCGGGUGAGUCAAAAUCCAGAUGAUGACCCAGAAGUCUUUGAAGAAAACGAGAUGGAUGCUGAAGAAGAGAAAGACACGGAUAGUGAGUUACUCAGUCCUUUGUCUGAGGAAAAUUGCACCUAUUCUCAUAGAUCAAGGAACAAUGUUUGCUUUACCAUAAACUUAAAGUCUGUGCUUCUGGGAAUCUCUGAAGAGACUGCAGAUAGUUCUGCAGCUCUCCUCUCUUCCCAAGAAGAUGCCGUUGACUGGCAAUGCACACACGCUGUUGAACCAAAACUCCUCGACGACACAGAAAGCGCACAGAAACCACAUUGUCUAAACAGCUCUGAUGUGUGGCAAAUUUCAUCUCGUUCUUCCACUGAGAGUGACUCAUCAGAUUCAGAAAUGGACCCAAAAAGUGAAUACAUACGAAGAUGAAUAACAGAACCACUAAUAAUUUGUAGCAUACCAAUAGAUAUCAUCCAGCUUAGCCAUUUCUGGACUGAAUAGACAGAUCUGAUCUUUUUGUCAUUUUUAUUUCUUUUUAACAUUCUGAAAACAUAUACCCAUGUACCAGAAAUACACAGGACUUAUUUGUAACAAAUAUUUCUAUGACCUUUCCAGGUAUUAAUCAGGUUAUGUUACCUACAGAAGAAUGAAGAGCGCUGUUAGGAUGUAGCAGAAAAAGGGAGGUGUUAUUUUGUUAUGAAGUUAAAUACCAUAUUGUACCUUUUAGCUGUAACAUAGUAAAUACUUUCUAUAAACCCAAGUGAGGAGGUAGCUCAUAGAGCUGGGAGAUUUGAGCGGGCUGCCUUUUAACCUGCCUGUUUUUUAGUGUGAAAGGGCUCUGCUACCGUUCUUUAGCUCUGUUGGUGGGUUACUCUGAAACCUGUUGCUGGGUGGGUCACAGCUAGAAGGACUGUGUUCACUGGGUUCAACUCAGUGAACUGAUUUCUAUAUUUGCACAGAGAAAGCUGAUCAAAUGAAAUGACGGAGGGGUGGGGAAGGGAAGUGAAAAUGCCCAGAAAAGAACACUCGAGAGUUCUUACUGUGAAUCAAGGCAUUAUAUGUAUACCUUUUUAAUACAAUGUUGUGUAUUUGCGUACUACUUUUUAAUGUUUAUAUGACAUUUCAAAAUGACUGGAGUACAAAGUUGUACUUCCAACACUUGAUAAAAAGCAAUUUUUUCAUA